CUGGACGACAGCCUACAGCAGUAUGUCCCGUACUUUGAGCGGGAGAAGAUUGACGGGGAGCAGCUGUUGAAGAUCUCCCACCAGGAUCUCCUAGAGCUGGGGAUGACCAGGAUCGGACACCAGGAACUGGUGCUGGAGGCUGUCGACCUGCUCUGUGCUAUGGUUAGUGAACUAAAAUAUCCAAUAUCCAGUCCACCAUAUCCAAUCAGAGGAUAACGUUUAGUCACACUUUAUUUGGAUAGUCCCCUAGGCGUAUACUGUAUAUGAUCUGCAGAUCCUCAAAUUAUCAACAAGCUUCAUAUCCAUGCAUCCAAUAUCUGUGCAUCACGUAGUCUGAUCAUGGUUUGAUCACAUCAAAUGUCCAUUACCAUGUCCCAAAUAGCAAUGUAAUAAUCUAUAAAUCCCUCUAAAAGAAAUACCAUCUUGUUUUCGAGGGGUCCUGAAUAAACAGUAAACAAAAGCAAACAAACCCCUUGUUGUGCCCUCAGGCAAAGGGAUAGUUAUCUAGUGAGCAGUCAGCCCAGCUUGAGCCAGUCCAAGCGGCCCAUAGAUGGGAGAGGCUGGCAUUGGUCAGGAAACAGGGAUUAGGGAGGAAUGUCCGGUCAGCUCUCUCUCCUCUCUCUCUCUCUCUCUCUCUCUCGCUCUCGCUCUCGAGCAAGAGCGCCUCUCUAGAGAGAUCGGAUAUGCUCUCAGUGCGCAGAUCUACUAUCCUCUCUCUAUCUCUCUCUCUCUCUCCUAUCUCUCUUCAUCUAUCUCUCUCUCUCUCUCUCUAUCUCUCUCUCUCUCUCUCUCUCUCUCUCUCUCUCUCUCUCUCUCUCUCUCUCUGUGUGCUGAUGUAAGAAUAAUGUACUGUGUUGGGUUGGAUUUUCAGACCUGAAUGUAAAAGUUUUGUAUUAGUCUGGUCGUCCCAGAUAUGUUUGUGCUAUCUUGUCAACUCAUAUUGGCUAUACACAAACAGAUCUGGCCUGACCAGGCUAGUGGUGCAGAAAACAAUGUGCUGUAUGACAGUGCUUCAUUCUCUGAACUAGAUUCAGUGUGUAGUGUGCGAUACAGUGCCCUUCUGUGGGAAAUUGAAAAAGAAGAGUACAGUAUAAUCAGUGCUUUAACUUCAUUGUGAAGUCUGGGUGAAUAGGGUCUGGCCCACAGACUAGAGAAUGGGGACUGAUACCCCCUAGUGUGAGGAUUUACUAAGUCAAUAGUAGAGGGCAGAGGGUAACCGACUGGCACAGGGCAACUGACUGGGGCCGGAACAGAAGAGUGACUGUCAAUUAUGAACACAAACAAUGGUCACAAAGAAAGUGUGUGUGUCUCUCUAACAGUUGGAUUACAGUGUGCUAGUCCAGUGUUUUUUCAGUUCUGCUAUUUCAGCCCUCGAUUGUUCAAUGAACCUACAGUUCAAUACGUUUACGUUACUGUACAUCUUUGUUUGGUCCCAUCAAUCCCCCAGAAUUCUGCAGUGUCAGAUCUUCCCUGUUCCCAUUUUGUGGUCUCAUGGUCCGUCUCUGUGAUCCAUAAGAUGGGUAAAGUGCUUUGGUGGUAGUGUGCCGGAUCUUGUUAUCUUUUAAGAGAGGUUUGGUGAGGAAAUUAACUGGGAUUUUGAACAUGUCCAACGUAAGAUUAAAUUAAAUUAAAUUAAAUUAAAUUAAAUAUUAAAAUUAAUUAAAUUAAAUAAGAUGGAAUAGACAUUAUCUGCCCAAUAUACAGUAGUAAGGGAGAGGGCUUGGUUGUGGGUUACUAAUGGGUUACAUCCCAAAUGGCACCCUAUUCCAUACAUAGCGCAAUACUGUUGACCAGAGCACUAUGGGCCCUGGUAAAAAAAAGUAGUGCACUAUAUAGGGAAUAAGGUGCUAUUUGGGGAGCAACAUUGGACUCUCUGGGCAGAGCUUUAUUUUCUCAGGGAGAAAUCUCCUGGUGCUCAGGAAACAGAUGUGACCCCACCCCCCACCUGUCACACACACACACACACACACACAUCCCUUUCAGGAAAAGCCAUUACACCAUUGUUCCUGCGGUUUCCGUCCGGUGGUGUCAGAUCAUUUGUUCCCUCCCCCCGCCUCACCUCUCCACUGCAUGCCAAAUGGCACCCUAUUCGCUCCAUAGUGCACUACCUUUGACCAGGGCCCGAUACAUAUGCGCCCUGGUCAAAAGUAUUCCACUAGGGAAUAGAAUGCCAUUUGGGUCGCAGCCCUCCUCUCCAACUGUGUCCCAUUCAUCAGAACUGCUGUACAUAUCAGAGUCGACAGAACACUUUCUCCUUUUCCUCCCUCUCUUACACACUCUCUUCCUAGAUUAUUUCGCUCUCCCUGUUCCCUUCUUCAGUGCCUGGACAGGAACAGGCAUUCCAUUGGCUGCAGAUGUUUUCAUUGCUUCUAUGCUUCUGGAUAGGAACAAACGCGCUGAACAGCUGUUUAGCUGGUGGCUUGGGUGUGUGUGUACAGUGAGUAUGUGUGUGUGUUUGGCGAUCAUGUUAAUGAUUGUCAGAGAUUGGAGCUUUUGAUCUCAAUCAGACCUUGAUGACUGACUGUUGGGCUCUCCCAUCCUAUAAUUCUUUGCACUUAAUUAAGGCCAUUUUCAUCUGUCUACCCCAGCUGUGGUACAGGGCCAGUGAUCUUCAGGUGUUAGCCUGUUAUAAAUCCUUAGAGCUGUGUUUAGAUAUCAUAACAUCCCGUAAGAUCAAACAGUGUAAGCGGUUAAGUAUGUUGUCGGUGAAAGGGUCAUCAUCAUUCUUUCAAUUUAUGUCAAUCGUUUCCAUGUUCAUACAGACAGAUAAACACACACACAAUUUCUCACAGAACACACUGGGGAUUUGAGGUAAUUGAGGUAGACGUGGAGGGGAAUAUAUUGUAGUCAGAUGAUUGGUCAUGCACAGGCUGCCAUGGUGACUGGUCCUGAGGAAUGUAGGAGGACUUAUCAGUUUCUAUUCCAUCUAUAGCGCACUACUUCAAAGAAUUAAACAUUGUAAAAUCAUCCGCACAACUGGGCCGUUUUUGUGGGGGUUUUUUUAACAUAUCUUUCGUGAUGUCCCCACAAUGUUCCCACCAGACUGUUCCCACAACCGAAAUAAACAUUCUGGGAACCUUUAAAGCACAGGCAGAAUGUGUUCUGGGAGCGUUCUUGCAACAUCAGGUGAAUGUUUUUUGCACCCUAAAUGGAACAUUGUAGAAUCAGAUUAAAGGUGUUCUAGGAACGUUCUUGCAACAUCAGGCGAAAGUUUUAUGCAAACAUUCUAUAAUCAACAGCACGAAUGGACAGUGUUUAUGUUAUAAGAACAUCUGCCGCGACCUGGUUUGCUGGGAUGAGACUCUGGCCAAAAGUAGUGCACUAUAGAGGGAAUAGGGUGCCAUUUGGGACAUAAUCAAUGUUUGCUGAACCCAAGCCAUGUGGUUUUGAACGGAAUUGAUAACAGCACAAAUGAUCAUCACGCUAAUGACAGCUUUGGUAUGCGGCUAUGCGUAAACUGAAUCAAAAUACCUGAGUGUAUUUCUUUUUUAUCUAUGUCUGUUGUGUUAUGAGAAUAUUCCCACACAUUUUACAUUACAUUUUAGUCAUUUAGCAGAUGCUCUUAUACAGAGGGACUUACAGUCAGAGCAUUCAAUUAGGGUAAACAAUACAACCACAUAUCACCGUCAUUAGAACUAAGAACAUUCUUGUUUGUCUUCCAGAACUACGGGGUGGAGAAAGACAACCUGAAGACUCUGGUGGGUCGUAUGAGAGCGGCGUCCAACAACCUCCAGAACUCAGCGUCUGAGCGCAGGAAGAACCCGUCGUACGAGAGGAAGAACUCCCACAAACCCCCCAACGACUUCCUCACUGCCGUGGUGGAGCUCAUCGGAGCCGCCAAGAGUCUGCUGGCCUGGCUGGACAGGUAGACACAAUACACACACACAUCCAUGCACACACACGCUUGCAAACACAUACAGGUAAGCAUACACACACACACAUGCAUGUGCACACACACACACACAGAUACAAACACACACUUAGCAUUUCACCAGGAAGGAACGCGUUCUAUUAGGCUCUUAAGUGACGCCUAUGUCAACAUACAUGUUGUCUUGUUAAAGUCCUGACUUGAGGAAGGUUUUUACUGUCUGCUAGUCAAAACAGCCAGAGUGAAGUAUUUCCAGGUGAAGUAAUGCAGGGAUCAGGUAUAUUUCCUGUGCUUGUAUCAGCUUGAGACACACUCCAGAGGAUCUCAGCUGCGAAAUGAAACAUCUGUAUUGACAGAUCACAGCAGUUAAGGUCAGUAACCCCUCAAAACAUGUGAGGGUGCUGCAGCCUACGUACAGUUGAAGUCGGACGUUUACAUACACUUAGGUUGGAGUCAUUAAAACACGUUUUUCAACCACUCCACAAAUUUCUUGUUAACAAACUAUAGUUUUGGCAAGUCGGUUAGGACAUCUACUUUGUGCAUGACACAAGUACAUUUUCCAACAAUUGUUUACAGACAGAUUAUUUCACUUAUAAUUCACUGUAUCACAAUUCCAGUGGGUCAGAAGUUUACAUACACUAAGUUGACUGUGCCUUUAAACAGCUUGGAAAAUUCCUGAAAAUGAUGUCAUGGCUGUACAAGCUUCUGAUAGGCUAAUUUACAUCAGGCCUACCUUCAAACUCAAUGCCUCUUUACUUGACAUCAUGGGAAAAUCAAAAGAAAUCAGCCAAAACCUCAGAAUAUUUUAUUUUUUAGACCUCCACAAGUCUGGUUCAUCCUUGGGAGCAAUUUCCAAACGCCUGAAGGUACCACGUUCAUCUGUACAAACAAUAGUACUCAAGUAUAAACACCAUGGGACCACGCAGCCGUCAUACCGCUCAGGAAGGAGAAGCGUUCUGUCGGCUAGAGAUGAACGUACUUUGGUGCGAAAAGUGCAAAUCAAUCCCUGAACAACAGCAAAGGACCUUGUGAAGAUGCUGGAAGAAGCAGGUACAAAAGUAUCUAUAUCCACAGUAAAACGAAUCCUAUAUCGACAUAACCUGAAAGGCCGCUCAGCGAGGAAGAAGCCACUGCUCCAAAACUGCCAUAAAAAAGCCAGACUACGGUUUGCAACUGCACAUGGGGACAAAGAUCGUACUUUUUGGAACGUCCUCUGGUCUGAUGAAACAAAAAUAGAACUGUUUGGCUAUAAUGACCAUCGUUAUGUUUGGAGGAAAAAGGGGGUGCUUGCAAGCCGAAGAACACCAUCCCAACCGUGAAGCACGGGGGUGGCAGCAUCAUGCUGUGGGGGUGCUUUGCUGCAGGAGGGACUGGUGCACUUCACAAAAUAGAUGGCAUCAUGAGGAAGGAAAAUGAUGUGGAUAUAUUGAAGCAACAUCUCAAGACAUCAGUCAGGAAGUUAAAGCUUGGUCGCAAAUGGGUCUUCCAAAUGGACAAUGACCCCAAGCAUACUUCCAAAGUUGUGGCAAAAUGGCUUAAGGACAACAAAGUCAAGGUAUUGGAGUGGCCAUCACAAAGCCCUGACCUCAAUCCUAUAGAAAAUGUGUGGGCAGAACUGAAAAAGCGUGUGCGAGCAAGGAGGCCUACAAACCUGACUCAGUUACACCAGCUCUGUCAGGAGGAAUGGGCCAAAAUUCACCCAACUUAUUGUGGGAAGCUUGUGGAAGGCUACCCGAAACGUUUGACCCAAGUUAAACAAUUUAAAGCCAAUGCUACCAAAUAGUAAUUGAGUGUAUGUAAACUUCUGACCCACUGGGAAUGUGAUGAAAGAAAUAAAAGCUAAAAUAAUCAUUCUCGCUACUAUUAUUCUGACAUUUCACAUUCUUAAAAUAAAAGUGGUGAUCCUAACUGACCUAAGACAGGGAAUUUUUACUAGGAUUAAAUGUCAGGAAUUGUGAAAAACUGAGUUUAAAUGUAUUUGGCUAAGGUGUAUGUAAACUUCUGACUUCAACUGUACAUGACGAGUAAAAACACUUAUCAUCAUACAAACAACAAUAAUUGAAAAUCAAUUGUUUUUCUUUGGAGACAUUUAGAUGUUUUUUAGUGCACCUGUCACACAGCAACACUCAUGAAUGAUUAUACAGAAUAUACAGAUACAGUAUACAGAAUUGUCAUAUCCGCUUCCAUAAUUGCACCUGGUAUUGUUAUCCGUGUUUCUAACACCUACUGUUGGGUAUUACUACAUUAUCCAUCCUGUCUCUUCUCUGGUAUGGCUGAUAUUGUUAUGUUUGUACACGCAUUGAGAGGAUUCCUGUAUUACUUGUUUUAACUGGAGUGAGUUUAAUGUGUUUGUCUGUGGUUAGGGCAGUGGCGGUCAUAACAUUUAAAAAAGUCUAAUAAAUCCAUUUAAUAUAGCCUACACCAUCACAGUAAAUCCAUUAUUUAUUUUAGACAGGUCUAAAGAAACACGAUAUGAAGAACAUGUAUUCUAUUUCAGAAAAACAGAAUAGCAUACUCUGAGUUGUCCUUAUGUUAGGCUCUGAUAUGGCUAUGCCAUAUGGCUGUGGGCUACACUAGUAAAUUUAGCAGACAAAAUUUGCUUUGAAUUCCGUGGCAUAAUUUUUUAUUAUUUUAUAGUAUGAAGAAGAUAAUUGAACAUAGCUGAAUAAAAUGGAAAGGAUAUUUUCUCCAAAAGAUUUCCUAGGAAGUGCGCACAUGCGGUUAUUCUGUGUUGAGCGGUUAACAAAGAAACAGGUCCUCCUAUAUGCUUAAUUUAGAGUUAUUUAUGCAACGUUAGUUGUGAUACAAAUGUUGGGCUAUAUAUUUAGAUUUUUUAUACCUUCUAAGGCUGCAUGAUGCGACUCAAAUGAUGAUUUGAAAAAAGUUGCAUGAAAGGCAUGAGCUCUGAUUUGUUACUUGUGCAGGCUGCACACACUUCAUCAGUCUCUCAUUCACAAUUUGACAAGUACUUGAUAAUAUUCUCACCAGGCCUAGAAUUUCCCGGUGGCAUCCCCCUUGUCUGGCCAUAAUGCCCCCUAAUACAUCCAUUCCUUUUGUGGCUAAAGUGGCCAUGUGCCCUUGGGCUGAAUAUAAUAAUUAUAAUUCCCAUCUCCCGGCUGCCGUGCUCAGAAGCACCUCUCACUUACAUAGCUCUCUCAGAUAUCUAAAUUCUUAUUAGCCAAUGCUCGUCAUGUGAUCGGGUCCUUCUCGCAGGCAUCUCAACUAAGAAGUAGGCUACAAGUGAAGAUAGACCCAUCGGGUCAAUCCGACGUCUGCAUUGGCCAUGCAGCAUUUACGGUGAUAUGGCCUCAGCAGGAAUCAAGGUAUUCAUACUUCCUGCGCUUCACCGAGCAGCGCAGAGCUGUUGUGAAGGAAGUUGUCAAGGAAGUGAGUUUGUGUUUAUACAGGACCUCCUGCCCACACCUACUGUCCACCAAUCAUGUCAAUGCGGAGCUAUACGGAGCCCUCCACAUUGUAAAACAAUUUGAGAGGCGCACGGCGAUGCGGUACUGAGCUCAAUUUGUCCUCUGCGUGCCUCCGGAGGCUCCGCAAUUGCGUCACACCAUCCAUACGGCGCCUCCGACAACAUUUUCAGAUCAAGUUUAAAUUGUCUCUUAGGCUCUACACCGAUUGUAAAGCGGAUUAAUGUGCUUAAUUAUUUUUUGGGCCUUACUGCACAUGCUGGGCAUCAUUCACAAGUGAUAAUACAUCAUUCACAAGUGAAAGGCUAAUAUUGUUACCAAUCAGACUAUUCUUAAUUUAAUGUUGUCUUUACAUAUACUAAAUAAUAUAUGUGUGAAAUUAGUUUUGAUUUAGAAUGGACCAUUAUUAUGCACCUGUCUCGAAACAGGGGCAGGGGGAAAAAAAUACAUGUCAUCUAUGCACUUAAAUAGUGAAUGGAGGAUGCUUUUCCUGUGGUUCAUUUUCAUGCCAGCCAGGUAGGCUAUACUCCUGUUGUAAAGCAAAUCAAUGUGCAAAAUAUUAGGAAAGUUGAUAAAUUGCCUAUAGAAAGCUGAUGGGGUCCUCCUCUUUUUAAUAGAGGCCAUCAAAACUCUGUUUUCUCACGCAACUGCAUAGCCUAUAGUAAUGUUGCGCAACAUGAGCUUAUGGGCUCUCAUGAAGCGAUUGAUUUGAUUUUCAAAAACAUUUGCAUUGAUGUCAGAGUGAUUAGAGGGACAAUAGAGUGCUGAGUACCAGGCAGUUAGCAAGUUUGGUAGGCUACUAAUGACCAUCAGCAGCAUCAGAGCUUGGAGAAGCCUAAUUACCGUGACUAAACGGUCACAUGGAAUUUGACAGCGCUCAUGACUUGUGACCGCCGGUGUGACAGUAAUACGUUCACUGUAACAGCCCUAUCUGUGGUGUGAGUUAUGGAGUCGACUGACUCCUGUCUCUCCUCUGGUCUGUCUCUAUGACAGGACUCCUCUGACAGGGAUCAGUGACUUCACCUCCACUAAGAACCGGAUCAUUCAGCUGUGUCUGGAGCUCACCUCCACCGUUCAGAAGGUUUGUUCUCUAAUCAUCACUAUUCACUCUCAUGAGGUUUCGUAGGACUUUGAGAAGACUCUAAGGUAACUACUUUUGUGGGUUUGAGAAAUUAGCAUGAUGGAUCUUGCCCCCUCAGUACAUUUCUUUCAUGCUAGUAGUCAACACACAAAUACACACAGAGCCCCUCUCAUGAACAUUCUGCGAACCAAAAAAGUCUGCUUUUUUAAGGCAUGUAAAAGCAAAACAUCUCUGCGAAAAUUCUCUGUGGUUUCAAAGGUAGCCCAUCUUACAAUAACUUCUAAGGCAAUAAUGUCGGUCAAAGGAGACCUUAAAAAUCCUGCACGAGAGAGCCUACUUCAUUUGUUCUAUUACACAUUGAGGUGGAGUUCAAAUAGGAAGUGUUAGCUGAAGGUGUGCCCCAUUCAGACACACACCACAGGAUGUAAUAAGAGCAGGACCAUUGACGGUUUAAAGCACAUAUGUUUCCACUGACCUCCACCAGCAGCACGUGGAAGGAGGAAAGAUCAAAACGUGCUUAGUAGCCCAAUUUUGCUGUCUUCCACCAAACCCAUAGUGAAGGAUAGAGCCUGUGUCCCAAAUGGCACCCUUUUCCCUAUAUAGUGCACUACCUUUGACCAGAGUCCAUAAGGUCCUGGUCAAAAGUAGUGCACUAAAUAGGGAAUAGGAUACAGAGUGGGAGCAGCACUACUCCCUGUAGUUAAGAACUGUCAUGCAAUCUUCUUGUCACACUGUUUAUAGGGAGUUGUUAUUUAAGUGCCCACAAGACGCAUCGUCCUGUAUAUUUGGAUUCCUGUUUGGUUUCAGUCCCCAGUGUUUAAUUUGACAAAUAUUGGUCCACCACUGGUGUUGUGUAUCUUUGUUUGCCUCAGAGGGACACAGCUUGAGUGUUUUUACUGUAACAUAUUCUCAAAUAUACUUCUGUCCUUAAUUGCAGGACUGCACAGUUUAUGAGAUGGAGGAGAAGAUACUAGAAGUAGUAAGUAAUGGUUCCUCUUUUUAUCUCUGGUUUGGACUCUGUUUACCGGUUCAGCCCUGGAGCUUCAAAAUAAACUCAACGCACACAGAUAUUCACACAGGCACACAUGCAAGGAAGCACACACACGCAUACAGUACACACAGGCAUGCACGUACAUAUGCACACACACACAGAGAGACACACACAGGAAGCACACGCAUGCAUACACACACAGUCUUGUAUAACUAACCUUGUGGGGACACAAUUCAGUCCCAUUUAAAAUCCUAUUUUCCUUAACCCCUAAUCCUAAACCUAACCCUACUCUAACCCGUACCCUAAGCCUAACCCUAACUCUAACCUUAACCCCAAAACCUAACCUUAACCCUAAACCUUAACCUCUAACCCUAAAACUAACCCUAGCUCCUAACCCUAAACCUAAUUCUAACCCUAACACUAGUUCUAACCUUAACCCUAAACCCCCUAGAAAUAGCAUUUGACCUUGUGGGGACUAACAAAAUGUCCCCAAUUGGUCAAAUUUGAGUUUGUUUACUAUUCUUGUGGGGAAGCACACACACACACAUACAAACACACACACACACAAACAAACACGCACUUCCCGUUCACGGUGAUCCUUGUGAUGUGUGCUGUGUUCCUGUAUGGGUGUAGGGCUUUGUUUAUACAUUUCAGAGCUGUGUCCCAAAUGGCACCCUAUUCCCUAUAUAGUGCACUAUUUUUGACCCUAUAGGCCCUGGUCAAAAGGAGUGCACUACAUAGAGAAUAGGGUGCCAUUUGGGAGGUAUCCCAGUUCCGUGAUGGUCCACAGAAGCCCUGUUUCCACAUCCUGUGUUAGAUAACCCUGCCUGAGGGACAUUUCGUUCAGCUAAAAACUUCAUUAACCUCUACGGGAUCGGUGUCCCGUACACUGGACGGUUGAGCUAACAUGUGCUAAUGUGAUUAGCAUGACUGUUGUAAGUAACAGCAAACUUUCCAGGACAUAGACAUGUCUUAUAUGGGCAGAAAGCUUAAAUUCUUGUUAAUCUAACUGCACUGUCCAAUUUACAGUAGCUAUUACAGUGAAAAAGAAACAUGCUGUUGUUUGAGGAGAGUGCGUAACAACAAAAAACGUAUCACGGCAACUGGUUUGAUACAUUCACCUCUGAAGGUAAAUAAUGUACUUACAUUCAGUAAUCUUGCUCUGAUUUGUCAUUCUGAGGGUCCCAGAGAUAAAAUGUAGCAUAGUUUUUAUAUUCAAAUAUAGGAAUUGGGUUCUACAGUCUGGCUCCACACCCACCCCGCCCGGGCAUCUAGAUGUGUGAAAGUUAGUGUAUAAGCUAAUGAUCCAUCAUGUAUGACAUUCCUGGGAGUGUGUGAACUUACAUGUUGUAUUACCAUAUCAUUUUUGUAUGUUCUCUAUAGUUGUGUACUUGAAAAUGUAUCAAUUGACCAAUUCGGCACAUUUGGGCAGACUUCAUACAAAAUAGUCCAGCAUUGCAAUGAUUCACUGGAUCAAUCUGAAACAUCUAGUGGCCAAAAUCUAAAUUGAGCCUAAACUGCAAUAUUAUAUUGUGACCUUUCUCUUGAUGAUGAAAAAAACUAAAUUUUAAAAAUGCGUGUUUCUUUGUUUGUAUUAUCUUUUACCAGAUCUAAUGUAUUAUCUUUUACCAGAUCUAAUGUGUUAUAUUCUCCUACAUUAAUUUCACAUUUCCACAAACUUCAAAGUGUUUCCUUUCUAAUGGAAUCAAGAAUAUGCAUAUCCUUGCUUCAGGUCCUGAGCUACAGGCAGUUAGAUUUGGGUAUGUCAUUUUAGGUGAAAAUUGGAAAAAAGGGUCCGAUCCUUAAGAGGUUAACCAAGUGAUAAUUUUAGUUUAGAUUAUCUGCAGUUUCCCGCUGAGCCUGACCCGAUGUAUCACCUCAGCCUCCCAUGCUAUGCUGUUUACUGCCAAGUUGUACAAUGCUUAUGCAAGUCUUUGUCUGACUUCCGUGGUCUGUGUCAGGCCUCAGUGUUCUGUAGCGUUCUCUAGGAACAAACACCUCCCUUUGUUUUCAAGAUCCAAACUACAGCCCCACAUAAGUAAUGACAACGUUAUGACAUCAUGACUUGUAGGAGACCCUACCCAUCUGAUGAAAUUAGGAUUUAUAAUAAGUGGCACCUUGUGGCGCAACUGAAGUUCCUAUGACAAAUUUUUAUCAGAAGACGAAUCCAAAGCAAAAUAAUGUACCACAUACCUUGUGGAAAAUAACCAAAUUGAAUUAAAUGAGUGCAGUGUACAGAGAUACAAGCAGAAGGCAAAGUAACACCCAUGCUUAAAUGUCUCUUGAAAGAACCCCAGUCAUUAUCAGCCAUUAGCCAAUCCAGUCAUUAGCACUAACAUGUGACUACAGUCUGUUCCUCCCCUCUCCUGAAUCUUAGCUCCAUGCAUGACCACACACCAGAGAUCCACCACACCGAACCAUAACCAUUACAAGAACCAUAACCUUGUCCCCAGGCUAAUUGCGCAUACAUUGGGAGGCAGUGUCUAGUGAACGAGAUUACAACGACAAUGGUUAUUUCCCAGUCCAGUGAAAUCUAUUGGUGUUAUGAGACAUUGUAGCUGAGUGUAUUCUGUUAUAUUUUCCAUUCCAGUCUGUGGCUCUGAACGUGAUCUGUGAGCAGACGAUGAGGAUGACUUCCGACCCUCACAAGAGUCAGAUGGCCUGUCUGGAGGAGGUCCACAUCACCAACAUCAGACCUGGAGAAGGACUGGUGAGAAGAGUUAGCAUGCGUCCCAAGUGGCACCCUAUACCCUAUAUAGUGUACUACUUUUGACCAGGGCCCAUAGGGAUCAGGGUUCCAUAUACAAAGCAGACUUCUACUUCAAAUUAGAGACAAUUCUUACAUGAUCAGCCCAAGCUAGAUGUACUGUUUGAUUUCUCAGUCUCUGAGAUUGAUUGCUUCUUCCUGGGGUGGCAGGUAGCUUAGUGGUUAAGAGCGUUGUGCCAGUAACCGAAAGGUCGCUGGUUCUAAUCCCCGAGCCGACUAGGUGAAAAAUCUGUCGAUGUGUACUUGAGCAAGGCGCUUAACCCUAAUUGCUCCUGUAAGUCGCUCUGGAUAAGAGCAUCUGCUAAAUGACUUAACUGUAAAUGUUAUGUUGUCCUGUAUCUUCUCAGGGGAUGUAUAUCAAAUCCACCUACGAUGGGCUUCACGUCAUCACUGGAACCACAGAACAUGUGAGUAUCCAAUCCGUUCUGAUAGUAGUAGUCCAAGAUGGUCUGGAGUGACCCAGUCAGGGUGAAUGAACUCCUGUGAUGUCUAUAUGCUCAUCCUCUAUAUAUCACCCUCUGUCCUCCAGUCUCCGGCAGACAGAACACACAGGAUCCACGCUGGAGACGAGGUCAUCCAGGUCAACAAGCAGACAGUGGUAGGUAGUUCUUCUUCUUCACUACCCCCUAUUGAUCUAUUGUACCACUUACACAGGGGCGAGAGAGAUCUCUGGUUUUUGUUUAAUCUUGCCCAACAAGAACGCUAGGCAGAUGAUAGCUCAUUUCAUUGCAGCAUGAGAGUACAGUUGCAGAUAGAAUCUGUUGUGAUGGGUCUGUUGAUAGUCGUGAUGAUGAGGGUUGUGAUGUUGGCUGUGUCUGACGAGCUGUCCUAUCUGUUUGUUCUGUGGUGUCUCCAGGUGGGCUGGCAGCUGAAGAACCUGGUGGGUAAGCUGAAGGCGGACACCGCAGGCGUUAGUCUUGUGGUGAAGAAGAGGCCCUCGGGGACCUGUAGCUUCACCCCGGCCCCCCUGAAGAACAUGCGCUGGAGGCCCCCCCUAGUGCAGGUAAAUCCCUAUCACACACACACAGUUUGAUUGAAGAACACCUGUAGUGCAGGUAGACCCAUCUCCCCUUAUCACCCUUGAUAUCCUAGUGUUUAAUCAAUUCUGGAUUUUUUUAUUCUGAAUCUGUCAUCAUAGGUGUGAAAUGUGUGUGUUUGAUAUCCCAGAUCUGUUUCUUUUUGGUGGGGUUUGACAAGAGAGGACAAAUUCCUCAGUUUCUCAGCCACCCAGGUUGCGUCUUCCACUGGGUGGGUUGUAAGGGUGAACAAUGAAUCCCUUCUUCCCCUCUUUCUUAAAAAAAAUAAAUAGCACAAAGUCCAAGCAUGUAUUGAUGUCAGACAUGUUUUGAAGGUGACUCAUGUUCACAGAGACAAUGGGUCUAAUGUGACCUAAUAGGCUUUGAACCUGUUCAGGAUGUGUGUUUUAAUAGAUUGCAUAGUGCUUAAAAGUCAGUGUGCCCUGAAUACCCUCUAAUCUUCGAGUCCAGAGAGGUCUCUAGUUUAAGAGUCUUACCAAUCCCUGAUUGUCUACACCUCAUCUCUUAGUUCACCGUUAGAGGUUACACUCCACCCAGACCUUACAAAAGGUCACACAUGGGUUUUGAAACAGACGAACACAAAAAGUAUUCCAUGGACCCUGUAAAGCCUUUUAGAUCUGUUUAUGUAAUUACAGUAAUCCAAAAAGGACUUUAUUCCUGCGUUAGGGACAAUAUUGGUCCUUGGGAAAGAGUUGAGAACCUCUGAAGUGGGCAGGAAGCAAUUAAAGACCCUUGUUGUGUAAUAAGUCUGCUAAGUGUAGUGUGUCCUCGCUAGGUCUCAGGUCCUCACAGUCAUACUGAACCAGGCCACUAUUGGUGGAUUUACCAAACAGAAGUUAGCUUAAUUAGAAAUAAGGCCAUAUUACGUAAUGGUAUUGUUUCAUUUAGCUGAUACAGUGUACUUGUAGAGAAUGUUCUCUGGUUUUAACAGCUAAGCUGCCUCACACAUUUCACACAUAUCUCUGCCCAGGGCAUAAGUUACUUUAUUUGACAACAUUUUUGUAAGAUCUAUCUUCUAAAAACAAGUAUUUUGUUUUGUGUAUUAGAGUGCCCCCAGUAUGCCCAAGAUCCAGUCUCCAAAACAUGUCCUCUCAGAAGCCCUCAUGAAGAAAGAGAAGCAGACCAAUCUGGACCUGUUUAUCCCUCCUCCCCCCACUGUCCCCUACACCCCACGGUGAGUGUCUGAGUCAGUCAGUCAGUUAUUCAGUCUGUCUGUCUGUCUCUGUCUUUGUACCCCACCAUUGAAUUUAUCAGAGGAGACUGGUGGGAUGAGCUAUAGGAGGACGGGCUCAUUGUAAUACAUUUGAAUAAAUUGAAUAAAUAGCUCCUCCCACCAGCCUCGUCUGGAAUUCAUAUUAGUGCUCUGUUAGCUGACCUUGACAUUUCUCUUCUUUUCCACCUCAUAUACCGCUCAUCAAAGGGAUGGGAAGCCUAAAGUGAGUGAGAGUGUCAAACUGAGACCAAAGGGUUCUCAGUCUCCUUACUCCUUCCUGGAUGAAGGUAGACGACGCUUCACCAUCGCAGACUAUGACAGCAAGAUUACAGUCUGUCUUCCCCCUGAGCCCAACAUCCAACCAGCCCAACCAGCCCCAGUAUCCCGCCUGAGACAACGGACCUCCACACGGGGUCAGUACCAUAACAGACACACAUGCACGCGCACACACACGCGCACACACAAACAAACACAAACAAACACCCCAGCUAGCACAUUUGGUUCCUUGGAAGUUGUGGGAACUAGUGACACGCAGGUUGACUCAUAACUCGCAGUCCCACGGUUAUAUUCACGGGGCCGGAGGGUUUAGGGUCAUGAAAUAUUAUGUGGAUGAAAGGUGGACGGGUUGAAUAAAGAGAAAACAAUACAUUCAAAUGUAUAAUUCUUGUGCAAUUUAUAUCUAUAGGCUACAUUGAGGUUUUUCUUUCAUAAUUUUUUGGCUAUCUGGUAUUAGUGCGUAUGCCUAGCUUUACGGGUACCAAAUAGCCUACACGCCAAUCGCCAUAAGCUUUUGGGAACUGGAAGAAAAAGUUAGGCAAAAAGGACAAUGUCGGAGUUUAAUUCAAUAAGAGAAAAGCUGUGAAAUGGAGAGUUGAAAAUAAAGAGAAGGGAGGAUUUGGGAACGAUUUGGUGAAGUGGUAAAAGAGGAUGAUAGCAGUUUCUAUGUUAUGUGUGAUGAUUGUGAGGCGCUAUACACAUUUGACAGUCAUAUGACGGGGACUUCAAAUAGGCUUAUGGCACGUCAAGGGAACUGUAGCCUACUGUUCAGUUAGGUUCAGUUAGGUUCCAGGCUCUGUCGACCAGGGGACCCAUGGGGCGGCGCACAAUUGGCCCAGGGUAGGGGAGGGAAUGGCCGGCAGGGAUGUAGCUCAGUUGGUAGAGCAUGGCGUUUGCAACGCCAAGGUUGUGGGUUCGAUUCCCAUGAAAAAAAUUAUAAUAAUGUAUGCACUCACUAACUGUAAGUCGCUCUGGAUAAGAGCGUCUGCUAAAUGACUAAAAUGGAAAUGUUAAAUGGAAACUGAAAUCUGGACACAGACUGUAGGUCUAUAGUAUAACCUUUCAAAUAGUCUUAAUAUUAACUACUGCAGGAUUAAGCAUUUCUUGCAGUAAAAUGAUACACCAAAUGUACAUUUUGACUCCGAAACAGGAGUGGAGAAAUAUGAUUUAUUUAUUUCAGCAUCUUGAGAGAAUGUGAAUGCGCAGUUAGGGACCGUCUGUAGAGGUGCUAUCUUUAUCAGCAUCCUAAAAGCUGAUAGUAUUUCAGAAAUCUUAUCAGAAACAUGUUGGGUCAUUUUCACAGCAUUCUAUUUCCUUACAACCGAUCAAACUGAUGCCAAAUCUUGCACUGAAAAUCUUUCCCAUUUUUGGGGGGGUUAUUGCAUUUUCUCCCCGGUCCCUAAAUGUCUUUGCUCCGUGAAAGAAGCAGAGAUGACAGAGAAAACUUGACCAAUGUUAACUAGAUUGACGCUUCAUUCUAUCAUGUAUGACAUUAUUCUGGUAAACAAGGGUUUAUUUAGUCUUCUGGGGCAACAUAUAAUGACAGAAGAGAAGCUGGCUGUAUCUAAUUGUAGUUGACUAACAAAUAGCCUACCAAAAUGUUGGAAAUUAUAAGCAGAAACAUAUCUAAAUUAGGCAAAAACUCUUCCUGCACACCCUGUCAAACAAUCUUUCCGCUAUCUCUGACUGUAUCCUACAGCACAUUUUCUAUACAGUGGGGAAAAAAAGUAUUUAGUCAGCCACCAAUUGUGCAAGUUCUCCCACUUAAAAAGAUGAGAGAGGCCUGUAAUUUUCAUCAUAGGUACACGUCAACUAUGACAGACAAAUUGAGAAAAAAAAAUCCUGAAAAUCACAUUGUAGGAUUUUUUAUUAAUUUAUUUCUAAUUUAUGGUGGAAAAUAAGUAUUUGGUCACCUACAAACAAGAAAGAUUUCUGGCUCUCACAGACCUGUAACUUCUUCUUUAAGAGGCUCCUCUGUCCUCCACUCAUUACCUGUAUUAAUGGCACCUGUUUGAACUUGUUAUCAGUAUAAAAGACACCUGUCCACAACCUCAAACAGUCACACUCCAAACUCCACUAUGGCCAAGACCAAAGAGCUGUCAAAGGACACCAGAAACAAAAUUGUAGACCUGCACCAGGCUGGGAAGACUGAAUCUGCAAUAGGUAAGCAGCUUGGUUUGAAGAAAUCAACUGUGGGAGCAAUUAUUAGGAAAUGGAAGACAUACAAGACCACUGAUAAUCUCCCUCGAUCUGGGGCUCCACGCAAGAUCUCACCCCGUGGGGUCAAAAUGAUCACAAGAACGGUGAGCAAAAAUCCCAGAACCACACGGGGGGACCUAGUGAAUGACCUGCAGAGAGCUGGGACCAAAGUAACAAAGCCUACCAUCAGUAACACACUACGCCGCCAGGGACUCAAAUCCUGCAGUGCGAGACGUGUCCCCCUGCUUAAGCCAGUACAUCUCCAGGCCCGUCUGAAGUUUGCUAGAGUGCAUUUGGAUGAUCCAGAAGAGGACUGGGAGAAUGUCAUAUGGUCAGAUGAAACCAAAAUAGAACUUUUUGGUAAAAACUCAACUCAUCGUGUUUGGAGGACAAAGAAUGCUGAGUUGCAUCCAAAGAACACCAUACCUACUGUGAAGCAUGGGGGUGGAAACAUCAUGCUUUGGGGCUGUUUUUCUGCAAAGGGACCAGGACGACUGAUCCGUGUAAAGGAAAGAAUGAAUGGGGCCAUGUUUCGUGAGAUUUUGAGUGAAAACCUCCUUCCAUCAGCAAGGGCAUUGAAGAUGAAACGUGGCUGGGUCUUUCAGCAUGACAAUGAUCCCAAACACACCGCCCGGGCAACGAAGGAGUGGCUUCGUAAGAAGCAUUUCAAGGUCCUGGAGUGGCCUAGCCAGUCUCCAGAUCUCAACCCCAUAGAAAAUCUUUGGAGGGAGUUGAAAGUCCAUGUUGCCCAGCGAUAGCCCCAAAACAUCACUGCUCUAGAGGAGAUCUGCAUGGAGGAAUGGGCCAAAAUACCAGUAACAGUGUGUGAAAACCUUGUGAAGACUUACAGAAAACGUUUGACCUCUGUCAUUGCCAACAAAGGGUAUACAACAAGGUAUUGAGAAACUUUUGUUAUUGACCAAAUACUUAUUUUCCACCAUAAUUUGCAAAUAAAUUCAUAAAAAAUCCUACAAUGUGAUUUUCUGGAUUUUUUUUCUCAUUUUGCCUGUCAUAGUUGACGUGAACCUAUGAUGAAAAUUACAGGCCUCUCUCAUCUUUUUAAGUGGGAGAACUUGCACAAUUGGUGGCUGACUAAAUACUUUUUUUCCCCACUGUAUCUGUGGGUUAGGGUCGGGUGCGGGCCUCAGAUUUUCACUUUAUCACAUACAUUUGGCAGUUAUGGAUGCGUUAUUAGCGAUUGCCGGCGGGAGCGGGUGAACAAACAGCUGACCCGCGCACCACUAGUUGGAACGUACAUUUUUGGUUUCCCAUUGCUUCUGGGAAUGAAGCCAUACGUUUCCUGACUGCUAAAACGGAACGUGUUUUAAAAUUCUGAGAACGGAAGUGAAGAUUUUGCCUGUUCUGGGAACUUACAUUUUAGGUUGCAGGGAGUUUCUGAGAAUGUUUUACUAUGGUUCCCUGAAUGUUUUACUGGGAGGUUUUAUUAAUCUUCUAAGAACGGAAAUUAUGGGUUAUUUGAAGGUAAUUAAAUAAAGUUUUGAGAGCAUUCUCUAAAUGUUGUGAAUGUUUUGAAUGAAUUGUAAAGGUUAUUUGAAGGUUUUAGAAUAAAUUUCACUGAAUGUUUCAAUAAUACUUUUAAUAACACUGCAAUUGAAAUUCAUUUGCUUAGGCAUUAAUCCUGCAAACACAUUUCUUUUUUAUUGUGGCACGGCAUCAGUGAGAUUCAAACCUAGCAUUUUCUGUUCUCUAUCCAUGGAAUUAGUCCGCUGCGCCACCAGGAUGGAGCUAGCACCAUAGCCGUGGGAAGUAGGGAUGCUGAGGGUGCUGCAGCAUGGAUGGAGCUAGCACCAUAGCCGUGGGAAGUAGGGAUGCUGAGGGUGCUGCAGCAUGGAUGGAGCUAGCACCAGAGCCGUGGGAAGUAGGGAUGCUGAGGGUGCUGCAGCAUCCCCUGGAAAAUCGGAAUUCUAAACAAAUAUUAAUAUUAAUAUAUUUUUCACAAAAGUAGUGCACUGGGUCUUUACUAGUCCUGUAUUAGUGGACCAAUAUAGCCACUUGUAGCGCGGGGAAAAUAUUUGUUUGGCUAGCAUGUUUUUUUAACUCAUACAAACUCACACAAAGCUGACCCCUUUCAACAUUUACAUUUUUGUCAUUUAGCAGACUCUUAUCCAGAGCGACUUACAGUUAGUGAGUGCAUAAUUUUUAUUUUUUCAUACUGGCCCCCCGUGGGAAACGAACCCACAACCCUGGCGUUGCAAGCGCCAUGCUCUACCAACUGAGCUUCAAGCACUUAUUAAGAUCAGCUGUGGCCAAUUAGUGGGCGUGGCCAACAGACGUGAACACACUUAACAAGAUAGAGGAUAUAGAGUGUUUUGUUAACGCGGAGAACGGAAUGUACAGUACCAGUCAAAAGUAGACCGUCAUUGUAAAUAAGAAUUUGUUCUUAACUGACAAGAUUACUUGCCUAGUUAAAUAAAGCUUUUCUUUAUUUUUACUAUUUUCUACAUUGUAGAAUAAUAGUGAAGACAUCAAAACUACGCAAUAACACAGUAAACAAAAAAGUGUAAAACAAAUCAAAAUAUAUUUUAUAUUUGAGAUUCUUCGAAUAGCCACCCUUUGCCUUGAUGACAGCUUUGCAUAGGGCUAUCUUCUGUAUACCCCCCUACCUUGUCACAACACAACUGAUUGGAUCAAACGCAUUAAGAAGGAAAGAAAUUCCACAAAUUAACUUUUAUGAAGGCACACCUGUUAAUUGAAAUGCAUUCCAGGUGAGUACCUCAUGAAGCUGGUUGAGAUAAUGCCAAGAGUGUGCAAAGCUGUCAUCAAGGCAAAGGGUGGCUAUUUGAAGAAUCUCAAAUAUCAAAUAUAUUUUGAUUUUUUUAAACACUUUUAUGGUUACUACAUGAUUCCUUAUGUGUUAUUUCAUAGUUUUGAUGUCUUCACUGUUAGUCUACAAUGUAGAAAAUAGUAAAAAUAAAGAAAACCCCUUGAAUGCGUAAGUGUGUCCAAACUUUUGACUGGUACUGUAUAUGUUUUUAAAUAACAUUUUUAGAACUUUCUAUGUACGUUAAAAAAUAUGUAUAUACUGUAUAUAUUGGAACUUUAUUUUGACAGGGAAGUUAUACUGAGAUUAGGGUCUCUUUUACAGAUGAGCCCUGCAUAAAUGCAAACAAACAUAUACAAUAUAAAACAAUUAAAAACAGACACAUUUAUCAACAUAGAGGUCUCCGAUCAUUACUCUGCAAGUUGUUCUCUGUAAGUUGUUCCACAUUAUGGGCGCUAAAAAACUAAAAGCAGCUUUACCCAACUCUGUGGAGACCGAAGGGGCCUCCAGUGUUAUCCAAGCCUGAGACCGGGUUUGGAAAUGUGUAACUCUAAAUUCAACUUUAAAUUCAACGAUGAGGAAAUCUGUAGAAAACAUUAUGCUGAAGUACUGAAAUUCUCACAGAAGAUCGUUGUUUCUUAACAUUCUCUGAACUACAGUAUUUGGGAACAUUCCCAAUGUCAAACCAGUUGGAGAACGUUCCUAGAAGAUUGGGAAAAAUGUAAUUAAAUGUAACCAUGUUUGAACUUUUAGGAAACGUUUUGUUAAAGUAAUGAAAUACCAAGAAAAUUAUGUUAUUUUGUCAAGUUCCUUAAAUGUGCAGAGAAUGUUCCAAAGCCAAGCAAAUAUCCUGCACCAUUCCCAGAAUGUUGUGGUAAGGCUGUAUGCAAAAUAACCAUAGAACAACCACGCUCUCACCAAGCUCUAAGAAAUAUAUGGUUCUCACAACAUUAUGUGCUAGUUGAGACACUUUUCCCCAGUUAAUCAGUGUUGCAUUCUGUGCCCAUUUCGCUGACUUUUAUUUAUUCUGUUCCAUUCAGAAAGAUUGAUAUUGGCAUAAGUAGUAAUUACAGAAUAUUUUUACUCUACUUUACAGGUAAACCGCGGCCCCUGUCCAUGCCUGUAGACUCGUGUCUGGGCAUGUCUGAUUCGUCCUCCAGACCCUGGCCUCAAGGGAGGAAAGGUAAGCAUACUACAGCUACAGUACACCUGCCUGGUUGAAACACAGCCAAAACAAAGCAGCGCAGUAACUAAUGAUGUGUCCCAAAUGGCACCAAAUUCCCUAAAUAGUUCAAUACAUAUGAGUAGUGCACUAUUUAGGGAAUAGCCCAGCUAGCACAUUUGGUUCCUUGGAAGUUGUGGGAAUGUACGUUUUUGGCUUCCCAUUGGUUCUGGGAACGAAGCCAUACGUUUCCUGACCGGUAAAUCUGAAUGUUUUUUUUGUACGUUUUGAGAACGGAAGUGAAAAUGUUGCCUGUUCAGGGAACGUUAAUUUUUAGGUUAAAGGGAAGUUCUGAGAACAUUUUACAAUGGUUCCCUGAAAGAUUUCAAGGGAGGUUUUAUUAACGUUCUGAGAACAGAAGUUAUAGGUUAUUUAAUAACGUUCUGAGAACAUGUUUCGAUAAAACUUUUAAUAACACUGCUAGCUUAGUUGGGGUUAACUGUUUUAAACACCAAGCACAGAUAGGACACAUGGAUAUUCAUUUGCUUAGGUAUUAAUUAUGCAAACACAUUCUUUUUUAUUGUGGCACGGCAUCAGUGAGAUUCAAAUCUAUGAUCUUCUGUUCUCUAUCCAUGGAACUAGUCCACUGCACCACCAGGAUGGCGCUAUCGUGCCAUGUUUUUUAAACUCAUACAAAGCUGUUCAUUUUAUUCUAUUCAAACAGACCCCAUUUCAAAGUAAACAAGCAUUCAUUAAGAUCAGGUGUGGCCAAUCAGUGGGCGCGGCCAACACACCUGAACACACUUAACAGGAUAGAGUUUUGUUGAUGUUGAGAACGGAAUGUAUAUGUUUUUAAAUAACAUUCUUAGAACGUUCUUUGAACGAUACUAAUGUUUUCUUGGGUUUUUUGAUGGAAAGUUUUCUUAAUGUUCUGAGAACAUGACUUUAAAUAGGACCAUGAGGAAAUCUGCAGAAAACGUUAUGCUGAAGUACUGAAAUUCCCACAGAAGAACAUUGUUUCUUAACAUUCUCUGAACGUUCUGGGAACAUGACUUUCAAUAGAACCAUGAGGAAACCUGUAGAAAACGUUAUGCUGAAGUACUGAAAUUCCCACAGAAGAACAUUGUUUCUUAACAUUCUCUGAACGUUCUGGGAACAUGACUUUCAAUAGAACCAUGAGGAAACCUGUAGAAAACGUUAUGCUGAAGUACUGAAAUUCCCACAGAAGAACAUUGUUUCUUAACAUUCUCUGAACGUUCUGGGAACAUGACUUUCAAUAGGACCAUGAGGAAACCUGUAUAAAACGUUAUGCUGAAGUACUGAAAUUCACACAGAAGUACGUUGUUUCUUUCUUAACAUUCUCUGAACAAUUUGAGAACAUGACUUUAAAUAGAACCAUGAGGAAACCUGUAGGAAACGUUAUGCUGAAGUAUUGAAAUUCCCACAUAAGAAACAUAUGCUUCUCAGAACGUUAUGUGCUAGCUGGGUAUCCUGCACCAUUCCCAGAACAUUGUGGGAAGGUUGAAUGCAAAAUAACCAUUGGACAACCAUGCUCUCACCGACUUAUAAGAAACAUAUGGCUCUCAGAACGUUAUGUGCUAGCUGGGAGGGUACCAUUUGGGACAGAACCUAACUCAGGCUAAUCUACUGUUAUCAGAAUGGCCAUUUCACAGGCUUAUUUACUCUGCAGAACAAACUGAGGCCAGCUCGGACUGCGUGCCUUCAAUUCUUAAGUAGUUGUUCAUUAACUUUGGGGUAAGCCACAGCAUAACCACUGUUGAUUAUGGUCUCAACUCCUUCUUAGACUGACUUAACCUUGAACAGAGAGGGUUCGACAGGUGUUGUGUAAGUGCUGAUGUAAAAAGGGCUUUAUAAAAUACAUUUGAUUGAUUGAUUGAUUGAUUGAUUUAGAUGCCCGUCUGUCUGUCUGUUUUCCCCUACAGGAGAGGACAUCAUUCACAGAUACCUAAGUAACGAGCGGAUCGCCACCAUCUCUGAGGAGGCCCCGUGCUUUCCCCUACCCUACAGACCCCUGGAGGGGCGGUCUGGCCAGCUGAUCCGUGGCGUCGACCACAUCAGGGGCUCCCAGUGCUUCAUCAAUGCUGACCUGCACAACAGCACCACCAUCCCAUACCGGGAGGCAUCAUCCAAAAAUUCCCCAGCUACGACUGUGAUCCCUGCUGCUGCUGCUACUCCCAAACAUCCUCCUUCGGAACCCACUUCGAUCCUGGGGGGCUGGCUAGCCCGCCUCAGGCUGCUGAGUCAU